CCGCUCACACUCCCAGAGACGCGCACACAGGAAACUAGACCACUGAGAGCCUGACAUCUUAAAACACAGCAGCUCACUCAGAGACCUGUGUGAAAAUGCUGCAAAACUUGACAUUCAUUCUCCUCUUCAGUUUAAUCUUCAUCUUCUCCUCUGGUAAAUCUGUAUCUUCAUGUAACUACAAAGCAGUGGGUGAAAAUGUUGUGAUUCAACUGGGUGAUGAAGAAUUACCACAGGACAGCCACUUGACCUGGACACAUGAUAAAAUGAGGGUGUAUGUAAAAAGAGGCUCAAAUGUUAAGAACGAAGGGCUCACCGUUAACCGCUAUGGAUCUAUUAUACUGGACAACAUACAGAAGAGCAAAUCUGGGGAGUACACAGGCGAAGUCUAUGACAAAGAUGGAAAAUCAAUAAAGAAAACCGUAGAGAAGCUCUGUGUUCUAGAGCCGGUGCCUGAACCUUCAGUCAUAGUCCAGUGUGUGGAAGAAGGAGUCAAUCUGACUUGUAUUCCUUUGAAUAGCAAUGAGGUUUUUGUGUCCUGGACGAAAAAUGGAGAGGAGUCAAAGACGACACAUGCUGUUUUACAUGUCAGCUCGUCUGAGCUCAAAUCUGGAGAUAAGUUCUCAUGCACACUCAGCAACAUGAUCAGCAAAAAGACAGCAAAAGAUGUUCAGCCGGUGUGCUCUGACACAGGUGUACAUACAACAAAUGCAAACAAAGACAAAGAAAAAGAAGAGAACAGCAACAACGAAAAUAAAGAUGACGAUGUGACUGAAAAGAAAUUACUAUUUGGCUUCGAUUUCUGGUGGAUGCUGGUGAUCCUGUCUGGAGGAGCAAGUUUCCUUCUUAUACUCUUCAUCAUCUGCCUAGUCUGUGUAUGCCGCUGCUGCAGCCGAAGCAAGAGGAAGGCAAAAGAGGAAGCAGAGUUUCGACUCGUCUCUCUAAUGCCAGAUAAUGCAAAUCAGCCUGAUGAGCCGUACAUGCAGAGAAGCGAAUCUCAAAGGCCUUCCAAAAGCCAGCGUCCUCUUCCGCCCCUGCCCAGCCCUCGAGGUCCACCUGCUGUUGAACCCCAAUGAGAGAAAAACAUGACCUUCUCCAGACUCUGAGAUCACCAAAACCAAUGCUGAAUGAAAUAUAGUUUAUAUGUUUUAGAAUUGAUGAUAAUGCACCAGUCAAAAGUUUGGACACAUCAACUCAUUCUUUGUUAUUACAACUUUAAACAAUUUAUAAUAACUGUAACUUCAUCAAAACAAUGAAGUAGCACAGAUGGAAGCCUGUGUAACUCAGUGUACGUCUGAGUUACACUGAGCCUGAAGCUUCUUUGUCAAGAUGUGAUGCUUUUAAAAAGUAUGAUUGAUUAGUGCCAAUUUGCUUGGCUAUUGGCCCUGUGUGAUCAGUCUGUAUGUGUGUUUGAGUUUAUAUGACUUUGUUUUACAUAUCUCAAAUUUAAUUCUGAACAAACAGCAUUUCUAGUUACCUAAAUGCUUUGUAAAUAUAUGCAACUCAUUGAAUCUAGGUCAUUUCCGUUGAUUAUAUGAGGAUCUGUGUGACAUUUUCUGAUUGUGCUCACCGAGACCACCUUUGUACAUGCAAGCACAACAGACUUUUUGCACUUUUCCUGUUUUAACUGAUGUCACUGAAUUGUGGUCGCAAGAUCUGCUUCAGAAAACAGCAUUACACAGAUCUCUCACUCAGUUCAGUACACUUACUGUUCAUGAAAUCUUACUCACUGUUCAGUAGCCUCAAGCAACACAACUGAACAAAAACAAAUCACAAGUUAGCAAAGUUUCUUAAAAUGUAUAUUUUAUAUUCAGAAAGGGGUCUCACUUUAUGAAAAUUGUGACCUUGAUUCCUUUAUCUCACAGUUUAAAUAAGUUAAAGUUUAACGUUAAACCAAAGCCUGAGUUACACUGAGGUUUCCCACAUGUGGUAAGUGUCAAUGCGAUUCUGACAUUUGGUUUGAACGUGUGAAUAUGUGGGUAUUUGUGCUUUCAUCUGUCUACCGUAUUGAUCUCUCGUGAAAAUGUAUUUGAAUUUUCCAUUGUGAACUCAACAUGACAAGAGAACAGUCAGAUGAAUAAACACAUUAUUGCAUAAGUCUGGAAUCCAA